AAUAAUCCCUAUUCAUUGAGUCAGAUCCGCCAUAUUGGAUAAGUAAUAAGAGGCUGGGCUAAUGUUAUUGUCAAAUAUUUAACGUUUCAUACAUGUUGACUGCCCUAAGGGCUCCUUAAUGCAGACAUGAGCUGGGGAACUGAGCUUUGGGAUCAGUAUGAUACAGUAGCUGUUCACACACAGAAAGGAGUGGAUUUUUGUGAAAGAUUUACUAAUUUUCUAAAAGAACGUAGCCAUAUUGAAUUUGAAUAUGCCAAAAAUUUAAAAAGACUUGUAAAGAAUUACCAGCCAAAAAAGAAAGAUGAAGAGGAGUAUGGACAAUUUACCUGGGCUAAAGCAUUCUGGGAUUUACUGAAAGAACUACAUGAUUUGGCUGGUCAACACGAAGUUAUAGCAGAAAACACACAGGGAAAUGUUAUGAAAGAUUUAAAUAAUCUUAUACAAGACUAUAAACAAGAUAGGAAAAAGGAACUUCAAGAAGGUGCUAAAAUACAGGAACACUUAAAAGCAUCACUUGCUCAACUAGAAAAGAGAGAAAAGCAAUAUGAAAAAGCAUUUAGGGAAGCUGAAAAAGCUACAGAUGCCUAUAGAAGGGCAGAUGCUGAUAUUAACCUCUCUAGAGCAGAGGUGGAAAAGCAUCGGAAUAACAUGAUGUUGAAAAGUCAACAAAGUGACGAUUGUAAAAAUGAAUACGCUUCUCAACUACAGCAAACCAAUCAACAUCAACAUGAACACUAUCAUACACACAUGCCACAAGUGUUUCAGAGAUUGCAGAAUAUAGAUGAAAACAGAAUAGAUAAAAUGAAAAGUUAUAUAAAACAAAGUGCUGACAUUGAAAGGAAUAUCAUUCCUAUAAUAAAUACAUGUAUAGAUGGAAUGGUGAAAGCAUCAGAUUCUAUAGACGCUGUGGAGGAUUCGAGAUCUGUUGUUAAUAAAUAUAAAUCUGGUUAUCCAAUUCCUUCUGACAUUGCGUUUGAUGACUUAAGUAAUUCACAAGUUCCUGAUGGACGUAAUGGAAAUACAUUAACAACAACGCCGAAAAAUUUAAAUCUUGAAAAAGGUAGUGUGCGCCAAACUGUAAGUGGAGGAAAAUCAAAGAAAAGAACUGGUAUAUUAGGAUUAUUUAGCUCUUCAAAGACGAAUGUAACACGAAGUGAUGAUCCUAAAGAAGAUUUUAGUGAUUUACCUCCCAGUCAGAGGAAGAAACAGUUACUGAAAAAGAUAGAUUCAAUAAAAAAAGAAAUUACUAGGGAAACAGCAGAGAGGGAAGGCAUGUUAAAGAUGAAAGAUGUUUAUGUACAGAAUCCAGCAUUAGGAGAUCCAAAUAGUUUAGAUAAAAAAAUAGAGGAAAAUGGUGAAAAAUUAGAUAGUUGUCGAAAAGAAUUAUCGAAAUUUGUGAAUUAUUUAGAUGAUGCUGAAGGGAAGAAGAGUACAACAAGUUUAGCGGUGUCAGAUGAUUCUCUGUCCCGAAGCACAUCUGAUGGUAGCGUGAAUCGAGAUCCUAACAUAAUUCCUCCACCUCCUAGUAUACAACAGCCUAAUAAUGAUGUUUAUACGGGUUAUAGUACAAACAGUUCAAAUCAUUGGCCUCCACCAUAUAGCAGCCCUGACAUCCCUAACAGUCCUAAGAAAAAAAGUUCAAUACCAGAUGAUGAUGAACUUCACAGUCCUGAUGAAUUUGAAGACCCAGAAGAAGUUCUAGAACAGUAUCCUGUAAUAGGCACAUGUAGAGCUCUUUAUUCAUUUACUGCUGAAAAUGAAGGAUCUGUUACAAUGGAAGAGAAUGAAGAAAUGAGUGUGUUAGAACAGGAUCAAGGGGAUGGAUGGACAAGAGUAAGGAAAAAAGAUGAAGGAGAAGGAUUUGUCCCUACAUCAUACAUACAAAUACAUUUCUUUGAUCAAGAUGAAGUUUGAACACUUUCAUGACAUAGAAUGCUAAUGCAAAGGGGAGAUAAUCAUUUAACUUGAGAGAAAAGUCUCAAAAUGUUCAAAAACUAUAUAUGAAAUAGACUAUAAAUAGAUCAUGAUAUCAUACUACUGACUAUAAUGUAUUGAAAUUAUAUUUUAUGGGAAGUAUUGAGAUGUAAAUAUACAAGUGUUGAGAGAUAAAUCUGUCAACUUUUUUAAUAAGAUAAUUCUACUUUUUAAUUAUUGUUUGCAUCAAAUGCUAGAUUUGGAUUUUUAUCUUUUAUGUUUAAGAUUUUUAUGUAUUAGUUCAUUUAAAAAAAUGAAGUAAUGAAACAAGAAUAAGAUAAAAGAUUUCUUAUUAUCACUCAGUGUUUUUUUAAUUACUUUAAUUUUUACUAGCAUUUGUCGUCUUUAACCAACUAACAAAUGACAUAUUUAACUUCCAAUGUUUCUUAGCAUUAUCAAGUAAGAAGUGAUGCCAUCCUACUUGCUAAUUUAUGAUCAUGUGACCAGUCAAUAUAAGUGAUAUUACCCUAAGUAUGACCAUUAUUGCCUUUAGUAUCAAUCUCAAUGAUAAAUAUUGUCAUGAUUGUACAUGGCGAACAGUGCAAUUUUGUAAAUAUUUUAUUUUUAAUUCUCAGUGUCUAUAGAUCAACCGUAAUUGUUAGCUUGCAUACAUACCAUGUUUGGGUUAUAGUUCUCUUGUUCAAAAAGGAGAGAUAACUUAAGUUAUGGUCUCUGUGCUGUAAAGUUUUUAUGUAAUUGUAAUAAUUAGAAUUGUGGUAUCAGUGUAGCGAUAUGCAUAUUUUAAUGUCAAUCUCCAUAUUUUAUCUAGAUACAAGAUUUCUUUUUUUACUUCUCUCCAACUCUGUAAACUUUUUUGUUAAUUAAAGUUAUGAAUAUGCAAUCACAUUUAUAAAUAUCCCCAAAUCCUACUAUUUUCUUACUUUAUUCAAGAAAAAAUGAAUCACACCUUAUUAAAUCAUUUCUUAGAAAAAUAAAUAAAGACAAUCAACUCUCUAUGUACUUAGAGAGAACACAUUGUAACUGAUUGAAAAGUUAUUUUUGGAAUGUUGAACAAAAUGUUUAUAUCAUUUUAUACUUAAUAGAUAACUUUUACAAAAAUUGUUCAUAAAAUUUUCAUGCAUAGAAAAAAAAUGAGAGAACCAUAUUUUAUUAUGAAAUGUUUUCUUCAUUUUUUAAUCUAAUUCAAAACCCAGAUAGAUUUAAUCAAUGAUAAUCCGACUGAAGUCAAAUAAAAGAUUGACAUAAUUGUACCUGCUGAUAUUUAAUGGCUUUAAGAAAUUUCACAUACAAAAAAUUUACAAUCAUUGAAAUGGAGUUUGUCAACUGUGUUACAGUAUUGAAAUAUAUCAAAGAUGUUCCCAAUGUGAUUGUACAUGCUUCUGCUUAACAAGCUAUGUGUUUGCAAUCAGUAUUACAGCAUUAUUUCGAGAAAUUGUCAAUUUGAAAAAUCUUUAGAUGUUUGAAAACAAUACUUUUUAUAGUAUUUUCAAGAUAGAAAUCUGAAUUGAAUAAAUACAUAAUGAAUUUUUGUUUAGGAUUUAUUUUUAUUGCAAAUUUUGAGAAAAACAAAGGUACAAACAGAAGAAUAUUUGAAACAUAGUUUGAAUAAAGAUUAAACAUUUUUUUCAAGUGAGGUAGUUCUAUUGUUUAAUAAUAAAAAAAACACCUGAAUAUCACUAACUGCCAACUUAUGCAGUUACUUCAGAAGAGAAUUUUGCAUAGAAUACUCUAUUUGUCCCCCAUAAUUUUUAUCAAAAAAGAAAUGUUUAAAACAUGACAUUCUAGGGAUAACUUAAGAUAGUAAUCUUUUCAUUCAUCAGAUUAUUUUAUUUGAAUUGUAACAUGUACUCUGUACUAAGUAUUUUAAUUUAUUUCAUAUCUAACUCAUUAAUGUAAUAUGUUGAAUCAAACCAUUUCUAUCUCCAUAAUACAUGUGUAGAUUUUGUGUACUUUUUAUCAAUGUAUAUACAACAUAUACAUAUAAAUUAACUGUAUUUUGAUGUGUUCUGAAGCAUUUUUUGUAUGUAUGGUUUGCCCCCUGUUUUUAUGUGUAAUUUUUUAUUAGAUAAACGUAAAUAAUUAAAUAUUAUAAAACCUUUUUAUAUGCAAGUUUCUUUUAUGGUAUUUGGUGCUUUUACACUUUUGUUCCUAAGAUAAAUAAAGUUCCAUAACUUUCACGAGCAAAUUCUUUAGAAUCUAUGUUGUAAUGUAUACCAGACAUUGAAAUUCAGUAUCUAAACAUGGUACCUAUAUUUGAUAUAUAUCUGAUAAAAAGAUCGAAAUUUUAGUUGUCGGAACCUUUUUUUUUAAUGUUCCAUAAUUGAAAUGGAUUAUUAUAAUACUAUUUUUCUGACAACAUUCACCAUGUUAAUUUUUGAAAGCUCAUUAAUUUAAUAUUUCUAAAAACCUAAACGAAAGAAAUGUUUUUUUUUAUUUUAAACUUCAUUUGUGAAAGGUAAACCAAAAACAAUACCUUAAUAUGGCAUGGAGCUGUUGUUAAUUGUCUGGUCUUAGUAUCUGAUGAAAUUAAAUGUCCAGCACAAUAUACUAGCAAUACAAAUGUUGUCCAAGAUACAAGAAAAAGCACCAAACUUUGAAUUUGCCUGAUUUUUAUAAAAAAAAAAUAUUGGAAAUUACAAAUCUUCUUUAAUAUCCAUAUCUGCUCCAUACAAUUAUUGAUUGUCUCAGUGGCUGUCCUUUGAGAAAUUAUCUUAUUCAAUAGAAGAUAUUAACCAAUACACUUAUUUCUUAAGUCUGAUUUUGGAGUUUGCUGUUAUGGUAGGGCAUGGCCACGUAAUGCUGGUGUUUAUUUUUACCACUGUUCAUUACCCUUAAUUUAUUUCUUCACUAAAACUGAUCAAUGAAUCAUAGACAUAGGGAUAUUAAAAAAUAUUCAAGUCUUCAUAGAUCUUAUUCUGUAGAUAUAAAUUAUGUACUGUAACUCUAUAAGAUAUAUAAAGUAUGCUAAUGAGAGACUUGUAGUGUGCUGUAUGAUAUAGUAUGUGCUAUCUGUUAUUUUGGAUGUGUGUGGUAUGCCAUGUGGAGUUGUGCUAUAUUCAGCUUGAGUGAUAUAUAAGUGUAUUUGCUUAUCUUUGUUUAUCUGUUAACUAGAGCUAUCUUCUGUGAUGUGAUUUAUUUUGCUUUGUUGGAUACUCAGAGCUGGAUCUGUUGAGUUUUGUAAUUCCCCUCCCCCUUUUUUCCCUAUUCAGAGAUCUAUACAUUUGAUUCAUGAAGUCAUUCUUAUAUCAUUCAUAUCAUGAUUCAAACCACAUAAAAUACGGAAAUUAUAUUUACGUAUUCUGAGAAGUGUUUAUACUGAUUUCAGACUUUCUACCAUUUUGUAGUGUUAAUUUUUUUAUAUAAGUUAAUAUUGCAAGACAUUAUUAUUGUGUAAAUGAUUUCACAAUUAAUCGAUAGAUACAUGAUUUCAAAAGCUAUUUCAUUUUAUGUACAACUAGAAGAAUUUGUUUCAGUAGCUCAAAAUUAUGUGCUCAAUACAUAAAUCGGACAUAAGAAUAUAAUAGAGUUAUUUUAUGCAAUUUUUAUAGUUGUUUUUAAUUUACAGUAACAGUUCAAUUCACAAAUCUUGAUUGAGAAUCAUGCAAGUGCAGAUAUUUUACUGCAAUUGUAUCCUUUUAAAUGGCAACUUCUGAAUUCAUUUUUGGUGAAAAUACUUCUUAUAGAAGUCAUUAUUGUAUUUUAAAGUUUAUUAUCUUUAUUUCCCUUAAAACUUAAACAAUCAUUUUCUGUCUCUGAAUUACAUAAUGAUAUUUAGUCUCCUAAACCAUGUCUUGCGACGUCUGUCGAUUUGUCUGUGAACAAUUAAUAGCUUUGGAGAACUUAUUUUCUUGUGGCUGAUUUUUGGUGGAACAUUUAGUUCCUAGUUAUAUAUUUAAUUAAGACCUUCAUUUUUCCAGGCCUCUUAAUUUAAGUAACCAUGAACUUCAAAUGCAUAAAAAUAAUUGGCAUCGAACCAAAGUCUGCUUUUUCCUGAAAUCAGUCACAAGAAUUGAGACAAUUUCAGUUCCCAUUGAAGAUUAUCAUUUUUUGGUUCCCUAACUGAAAGCAUUUUUUAAAGGUUUUACUUAGAAAAGAUUACUUUUAAGUUCCACGAUGUGUUUCUGGUUAAAGUAUGUAGUUAAUUCAUGUAUUGUAAAUCAUUAUAUUAAAUUACUCCUGAAGACAAUAAAGUAGGAUAUCUUUUUUCGCAACACUUUUCAUACUUUAUUGUAUUGAUUGGUAUACUUUUAAUUUGUUUAAUUUAUAGAAUGGGAUGAAAAAAUGAUUGAUACUAGUGCUAAAGUAACUUAUUGCAUAUUUUAUUAAUCCUGAGGCAACUAUAAAAUAGAAAUUAAAGUGUAUCUGGGAAGUUAAACAUUUUAUAAAAACGAUGAAGAUCUGAAAAAAUGUCUUCCAGCCAUUCAAGAUGUUAUCUCUUGGUCUGAAUGAAUAAAAGUUUCACAUAAAUAAUCAUUAGAAUGGUUAUAAUUGAAUUUUUGUAUGUUUUAUAUUCCAGUGAAAUCUUGUAAAAGUUUAAUCUUGUUGAGUUUAGUUAGAUGGGAGCAAUCAUUUGAUAUUUAUUGAAAAGAUAAGGAAAUGAAAUCAGUUCAUAAUUCUGAAAAAAUAUUCCAAAAGAAUUAAAGUUACAUAGAAAAAAAUAAAUAUCAAAGACAAACAAAAUAAAGGAAGUACAAAAUAAAUUUGUGCAAAAAAGUUUUGGUUAAAAUAAUCGGAGAUCACAAGCCUUUUUGUGUGCCCCAAAUAGAAAUGGUUGCUCCCUUAUCUUUAAAGCUCCACAUAUUUAAGGGGCAAAUCAAUGAUAAUCUUCAAUGGCUCUCUCUAAUUGUUUGUAUUUGUACAUAAAAAAUAUAAUCUGCAUUUUAUGUGGACAUCCUUAGACUGCUGUCAUAUUGACUCCCUAAGGGUAGUGCCAAAUUUUUAUUAUUCUAUUAUAUAUAUAUACUUAACAGUUUUGUUUAUACAAUGAUAAUGCAAUUCAAAACUCAAAAAUAAAUCUGAAUGAAAAGUUGA